GGCAUCUGACCAAUCACAGCGCUGAAUAUCAAUCUAAUUACGUGACGUCCUCAUUUGACAUGCAACUCUCCCAUCGACCAGUUGUAGCUAAAAGGGGGAGGGGAUUUCCCAAAGUUGUAGGUCUAGUAUGCGUGUAACCAAGACCUAACCUCUACGGCCAACACAUCGAGACCUCAGCGAUCAUAAGGGACCACUUGAGUGACAGUUGUACCUUAGCUGUAGUAGGAUGACGUUAGUACAGCAUAAGCAGGGACUGACAUUCGACUUCGCAAGCAACAACAUGGACCAUGAGGACCAGUCUAACCCGGCAGUUAUUGUAGAACCCAUCGAGAGGCCAGCUGUGGAGAUAAAGGAAGAGGUGGAGUUUGUCUACAUUGACUCAGUUGUAGAACAUGAGGAAGAAGUUGUGAGUGACACAGUUGAAGUGAGCGAUAAGAAGGAUGCUGAAGCGAGUGUUAGUCAGGAGAAGGGGAGGGCCAUGAUGGCAGCACAGGCACUGGUGGAGAUGGACUCCCCCACUACAGCAGAAGCCAAACCCAUCACCAAAAUGGAACCACCAAGUCCGACUGACAGUGGAGUGUCAGACAUGGAGACAAACUCUCAUGAGGAAAACAAGGCUAGAUUGCAUGUGGUGCCUGUAUUUCCUGUAGCCAUGGGCGUUCCGUUCAUCCCACCGUGUGCCGCGGGGCCGCCGCAGGUCGCCAUGAGGCCUGACGUGUGUGUGGAGGUUCCCCCCGUGAUGCAGAGUGUACAGGUCCAGACCAUGCCAACCCAGCUGGCUACAGCAGCAAUACCCGUCACACCGCCUAAGGCCAAGAAAGUCAAGAAACCCCGCAAGCCCAAAACUCAGAGACCAAAGUCGCCCACCAGCAGCAGUGGCAGCGACACAGGCAGUCCUGAACACGGCGUGUCGUCCCCUCCCAUGAAGAGAAGACGAGAAGGUAACACCAUCUACCUGUGGGAAUUCCUACUGGAAUUGUUGCAGAACAAGGACACCUGUCCCAAAAUCAUCAAGUGGACACAGAAGGACAAGGGCAUCUUCAAGUUGGUGGACUCCAAAGCCGUGUCCAAACUGUGGGGUCAGCACAAAAACAAGCCUGACAUGAACUAUGAAACCAUGGGCAGAGCCCUGAGGUACUACUACCAGAGAGGGAUCCUUGCCAAGGUUGACGGCCAGCGUCUCGUGUACCAGUUCAAGGAGGUGCCAAAGAACAUUGUGGACGUGGAGGCCCUGGAAACAACUGUAGAGCACAUGGUCACCUCAGAGUGAACCCACCAGGAGGCAUGUCCUCUCCUACACAGUCUACCCCCCAAGAUUGAGUGGAACUGUCCAUUAUAGUAUAGUAUCUGGACUUAUGCUGGACUCUACCACUUGAUAAGUGGGUACACACAUAUAUCUUCUUGUAGGUAGGCUACUGUGAAGGUGUGUAUGAUUUCUUUGGGAUAACCUGGAUGAUUUCUUAUCCUGUCUCGAUCUCUGUUUUAACUAUAAGUGAACAGAGAAAGAUGUAUAUGAUUGCUGUUUGAUAAUGUGCAUGUAUCUCGUUCAGUAGUAGAAAAUUAUUGUAAACUGUCAUGUAGUUUGUCAAUCCUUAUUGUGCCCAGUGGCUAUAAAGUAUUUCUUCUCCGUACUAUUUUUCUUACGUAACAAAACUGGGAAGACUUACAUCUCCUGUAGACUAUUGAAGUAGUGUUUGAACGAGAAAUUCAAAUUGAUUUGUUUAUUAAAUGUUGAUGUUUUUUUUGUAAAAUCAUGUCAGGAUGAAAAUGAAAUCAGUUUAUCCCAUGGAAAAACAAGAUGAGACAUUCAAAGACUGUAAUGUUGACUGUAAAUAUAGACAUUCUUUGAGUGGUGUAUUUUUGAAUAAUCUUGCCCAGAAUAUGAUAAUGGAGAAGUUUGAAGAAAAAAAACUUAUUUUUUGUGUUCUCACUAUCGUGAAGCUGGUUCCUUCCCACUUAUAUACAUGUAAUACAAGAAAUUAGAUCAGAAAAAUAGAAAAGAAAAUAAUGUAGAACAAUCAAUCGUAAAGACAGGCCUUAUAGGACAAAGAGAAAUAUUUAUUAUUACACUUAGAGUUUUGAUGCUUAUUGUUGCCAGUCUUUUUAUGUGUUGGACACUGAGUUAAACUGUUUCUGAACUUGUGCAUAAGUUUGUGUAAAUACUGGCUAUUUUGUAAAUAUGAUGGGUGAUAUGUUCACUUCAAAAACAUGGAAACUUCUGGGAAUGAUGGAAAAGUAACAUAAUGACCAAAUGAAAUUUUGUGAAAUCCACACAACUUUUUAGAUGGAUUUAAUUUUCUUGGAGAGCUCAUAGCGAAAUUCGAAUUGCAGUGUAUUGCCUUGCUUAGGCAUCCUUCCCAGAAUUCCUCUGAAGUAAUCUCCGCACAUUCUGUAACAAGUUGGAUAUUCUUACAAGUGAAAUAGCUACAUCUACUUGCACCUUAUAAAGUAGAACAAUUGUUUCCAACCUUUAUGAACUAAAUUAUCACAAUCGUAAGUUUGAUUCUGGUAAGGUUUUCUGUUGUUCUUCCAUGUUUUAUUAUCAUAGAAAGUGUGUGUGGUCACCAAAAGUUUUUAAAAAGUUUUCCCUUUGAGGGUGCAGUGUUUGUAGUGAUGUUUUGUUGUUGUUACUCAUAUUAUGGUGUGUCUUCAUCUGUAGGUAAGAGACCUACAAGAAAUGAUAUUAACCCAUGUCAUUAUGUAGUGUAUGCAUUUAACAGCAAAAAAAAAAAGAGAACUAUAAUGUAGGUAUGCCUUGAAAGUGAGGGAAUUACCUUAACAGAGAAGUGGUAUAUAUGAUGCCGAUGUACAGAUAGCUACCAUGUGCCACAAAUGCACAUAUCAACUUAAACCUUGACUGUAAAAUGGCACAUUAUUGAAAUGUCUCAAAAGAAUGUAUUGUCUACCCCUGUAGUUGAAUGAACUUUACAAAUGGACCAACUACAUUUUUUCUUUUCCUAGAUAGCUGGUUGCUUUACUGUAUUAAGAGACAAAUAUUGAAAUAAGGACAAUUUGGUUUAUACCAAACUAAGAUAGAAUCACACUUUUGAUUCACCUUUGGUACGGUAUUCAUGAAAGAACAUUUUGUGAGUCUUAGUGAUUUUGUGACUUGAACGAUCUUCCGAUAUUUUUUCACUUUUCCGACAUGUAACAUUUGACUUCUUGACAGUUCGUGUCACAUUUUAGCUGAGGAUUUUUCCAUACUAACAGUAUUGUUGUACCAACAGACUUAGAUAAACUUGUAUCUUGACUUCAGUCUUUGAAGCGAUCUUUAAGACUUUGGGAAUAGCAUCUUUUGUACAUUUUGUGAUGCAAAUCAUUAUCAGAGAAAAUGGAGAAAUACAAUCUAUAGUAUUUAUAGUUCAUCUUGCACCUUGGUCCAAUACAAGUCAGUUGAGCACAUGUUUGGUUCAACGUUACAACUAGCGACCACUUUUCAUCAGUAUGUAUCAAAUUGAGGUCUGUACAAAUAGUGACAUCAAUUCUAAAACGUAUAGGAAAAAGACAGCAAUAGAUACUUAAAAAGAUGUAAGUAAGAAAUUUAAUAUUUUUCCAUGUAAUGGACUUUCUUUUCACAUGAAGUUUAAGGUAACCUAGAAUUUUGAACUAUUUUGAGUGAAAUUUUGACUAGUUAAGAUAUUUGCGACCAUGCAUUGUACAUACUGCUGUGGUAGAUAGAACCCUAUUUUCCUGUGUCUUAAUAUCCUGGUCUAAGAACUAUUUGUGUUCUUUUGUUGUUGUUGUUAUAAUGUUAAAUAAAGAACCACUUUGGUUUGGGAAAUGUUUGUCAA